AUGUAAAGAAAAAACUAGGCUGUUUUAAUUCUUUUCACACAAGAUUUUAAAUACUGCUUAUUUAAAAAGAAUGAUCCUUCAAAAUAUGGUUUUAUCCAUGAUUUUUGUGAUGAAUUUAAUGACAAUUACUGUCCAUAUUUAACGAUUGCUCGUCAUAUAAUCACAAAAAUUAAUCAUCACUUAUCAUUUUAAUCGUUGUUUAUGCCUAUAACUUCUCAAAUUGAAGACCCUUAUUUUAGAUCAAGAGAUCAUUUUUCCUUGAAUUAAAACUACAAUGAGUGGCUGCAUUAUAUUACAGAAGCAUUUUAGUACGAUGGAUAUUCAGAAGAUAUUCAAAUUUAUCUAUAAUAAAUUGGUGACGAGGAGCAAUUUGUGAAAAAUAUGCGUUAACUAGAAAUUGAAUGUUUACUUUUAAGUCAAUAACAAAUACUUGAUAUUUAUUCUAAUUAAAUAGACACUUUAACUCAUUCAAUUCUGAAUAAAGCUGAUCUAAAAAUAAUUAUUGAAUCAUAGAUUUAGCUAAAGGCGUCUCCACCAACUCGAGAAAAUACUUAUAUCCUUAUCCUUCACAACAGAGUAGAUUUCUUAAAAAAAGUAUAAAUGGGUUAUGUUCCUAUGCCAACAAAGACCUUCUUCUAUGGGAUUUACAAAAAAGACUAUUAAAAAUGGUUUACCUAUAAUAUAGCAUAAGGAGAGAUCCCACAAGAUAAUAUCCUUAAAAAUGUUCAAGCUAUAAUCAUGCCAGGAAGUGCAUCAAAUGCGUAUGCACAAGAAGAGUGGAUCAGCACUUAUAAAAAUUGGAUUAAAAUGGUUUAUGAAACAUAUAAAAACAUCAAGAUAUUAGGUAUUUGCUUUGGGGAAUAAAUUCUUGCUCAUACUUUAAAUGGCAAAUGUGAUAUUGUCAAAGAAAAGAAAACAGAUAAAAAUUUCUUUAAUUCGGGUACUCACACAUUACACUUAGGAGAUAAGUUUUUUGAAUUUCCUUUUAUAAAAUAGCUGAAUUUCAGAUAAAAAAAUAUUUAAAUAACUAAACUUCAUGGUGAUAUAGUAGUAAAAUUGGAUCAAAACUUAUUUGAAAUUAUGGGAAGCUCCGAUAAUUAUGAAAUAGAAGUUUAUACAGAUAAAUUAUCUGACUCAAACUAAAAUCCUAAAAUUUUAUGUUUUCAAGGUCAUCCAGAAUACUCUAAUUAUUGGUUAGCGAUGAGAGAUAUGCAGCAUUAUUCUUAUUAUAAUAAAAUAUCAUGUGAAGAAGCCAUUAAGCUUUCACAUCACCCAUAAUAUAAAGAAGACGACAACUUUAUUUUAAGAUAGAUUUGUUAGGCAUUUUUAACUCUAGUUUGA